GUAAACAACUUUCUGAUGACCGGACCGAAGGCGUUCCUGACCUAUUCCAGCAGUGUGGCUGCGGGAGCGGAAUCAGGGAUCGACGAAUGUAAGUACCAGUUCGCUUGGGAGCGCUGGAAUUGUCCAGAGAACGCACUGCAACUUUCGACGCACAACGGCCUUCGCAGUGCUACGAGAGAAACUUCUUUCGUGCAUGCGAUAAGUUCUGCAGGUGUCAUGUACACCCUGACAAGAAACUGCAGUUUGGGGGACUUCGCCAACUGUGGUUGCGAUGAAUCGAGAAGCGGUCAGGCUGGUGGACGGGGUUGGGUUUGGGGAGGAUGCAGCGACAAUGUUGAAUUUGGGGAACGGAUUUCCAAACAGUUUGUCGAUGCCCUGGAGACGGGACAGGAUUCCAGAGCCGCUAUGAACCUCCACAAUAACGAAGCGGGAAGAAGUGCUGUCCGAGAGACCAUGAAGCGAACUUGCAAGUGUCACGGGGUGUCGGGGAGCUGCAGCAUCCAGACAUGCUGGCUCCAGUUGGCUGGUUUUCGAGACAUCGGGAACUUGCUGAAGGUGAAACACGAGCAAGCUGUUAAAAUCGAUUUAGAAAAGCGGCGUAUGAAAGGCGGGAACAGUGCGGAUAACCGUGCAGCGAUCGUAGAUGCGUUCAGCGCGGUGCAGCCGACCGAACUUGUCUACCUGGAGGACUCCCCAGAUUAUUGCGUGCGUAACGCCUCGCUGGGAUUGCAGGGGACAGAAGGAAGAGAAUGCCUCCAAGCCAGCAAGAAUCUCUCCCAGUGGGAGAGGAGGAGCUGCAGACGGCUAUGUGGUGAGUGCGGUCUCAAGCCAGAGGAGAGGAAAACGGAAAUAAUCAGCAGUUGCAACUGCAAAUUCCAUUGGUGUUGCACAGUCAAAUGCGAGCAAUGCAGACAAAUCGUGACCAAAUAUUAUUGCUCUCUGCGAGAGAAAAAUAGAUUUCAUAACAAUAACAAGCGUAAAAAUCGGGCCCGAAGUUGGUGA